UUUCACAAUAGCAAUACUAUUUGACAACAACAUCUGUCAAAGAAAAGAAUUUCAAAAUUCUUGAUAAAAAUUCCAGUAAAUCUUAACAAAAAUGGCAGACGAAGAGGACAAACCCGCGGGCGAAACCCCAAACGAAACCCCGGACGAAACAACCAAACCCGAAGAAACCCCGGAAGAAGACGAUGAACAGCCAGAAUGCAAGAAAAGGAAGCCUGAAAAGAUUAUUUUGGAGACGGAUGGCCGAAAAGGCGACGAAGAACCCAAGAAAAUAAACUGCGACAGAGGUAAUGAGGAUGAGGAGGAAAAACCGCCACCGGAAACCAGCAGAGACUUUAGGAUCUACAAGGCAAUGAACACGAAGGAAUGGGGUCCAGUUUGCGAAUGCCACGGUGCCAAGGAUCAAGCUGUCUUGGACUUGUUGUCGAUUACUAUUACGACCAUAAUGCUGAUGGCGAUCGGCCAAAAUAUUGAGGACUCGCAACUUAGGUGGGCUGCCAAUUGCCUGGAGAAUGUCAGGGACGAUAAUGGAAAUGCCCCACCAAAUAUCAGAUGCAUUUUGAACAUGAUCUACACUAAGAUACCAAAGGAGGAAUCACCCGAACCAGAAGGAGAAACCACAGAAGAGGCAGUGGAAGAAGCAGCCUAAUCUCAAUAAUCAAAAUAAAAAAUGUAUAAACAAACCUAUUUUUUUGUUGAACCCACUAAACAAAAUUUAC